CCAGAACAUUACGACGUUGGACGGCAUAUUACAUCCACUGUUGGAUCUGUCAGAGCCGCUGUUGCAGUUGGCAAGCUCCUCGGAUUAGAUACCACAUGCAUGCAACAUGCAAUUGGCUUGGCGGUAACACAAGUUGUGGGCAUGCAGGAGUUCUUUGGCUCGGAUACCAAGUCUUUUCAUGUCGGACGCGUGGCACAAGGAGGUAUGGUGGCAUUGUUGGCUAAGGAUGGGUAUAUAAGUUCCCUCCAGGGUCUUGAAGCAAAACAUGGGUGGCUGCACGUCGUCAGUGCUCGUGAAACCGCUACCGCAUAUUUUGAUCAACUGGGGAAGAUAUGGGAGAUUGAGAAGAACACCUUCAAGCCAUUUUCCUGCGGAAUUUUCAUGCAUCCGACGAUUGACGGGGCUAUCCAACUCAGCAAUGAGACACAUGGAAAAGGCCUCUCCAUUGAUAACAUCAAGAGCGUAGAGUUGCGCGUGGACCCGGAAGUCAUGGUCCUGACAGGAAAAACCAAUCCACAGACAGGCAUGGAAGAGAAAUUCAGUAUAUUCCAUGCCGCGGCUGUUGGCCUGCUUUAUGGAGAUGCCACUCCAUCCCGAUUCACGGAUGAGGUGGUGAGGAACAAGGGGGUGGUUGACAUGCGGAAGAAGAUCAAUGUUACUGAGGACAAUUCGGUGCCGACAGAUGCUGCUUGUGUAACAGUGCAGUUCAAUAAUAGGACGGAAGUAGAAAAGCAUAUUGAACACGCGAAAGGAAGCAUCGAAAACCCGCUUACGGAUACCGAGCUGAAGAAGUUCAUGGAGCAAGUUGCACUAGCAAUUGGAGAGCCCAAGGCCGAAGAUGCUUAUCAGGCAUUCACAAGCAUAGAGAAUAUGGACGAUGUUAGGAAGGUGAGAAUGAUGUACUGA